UUUGUUGGAUACAUCGAGCAAGGGAGCAAGGACAAACAUUUACGGUAAUACGUACAACGUUAUUGUAUAUUAUGUACUAAUCACAUACUAUCUGUAAUGUUCAAUUGUAUAUGUAUCAUCAAUGUUUGCAUUCAGUAGCUAACAGGACAGAGUAUUCGAUAAACUAUCGUUAUCAUACCAAACUAUUGUACUAUAACUAACUAUAAUUGUAUAUAGUCAUAAAUAUCUUUCCAUUAUUCAUCGUUACUUAAUUAAAAGCAAGAAGAAGGAUAAGUAAUAGUUUUUAGUAUCGUGUUUAUCGUAUAUUGAAAUGGUUUUUAUUCAUCAUUCAGAUUAUACUAUCUAUUAUAACAUUCAUAAUACUCGAUGUAAUUACUGUAAUUAUUGAAUCGUUUGUAAAAUAUGAUCGAAAUAUUACAGAAUCGCUUUGUACCGAAACGAACUGUGAUCCGAUGUUACUUGGUGAAAGUAUAUCAGCUUAUCAUAUUUACUUUCGAAUACAAAUAGUCGAGAAUUUUGGAUUUGAACAAGACGAGCUGCUUUCAUCGCUGAUAGGCUGUAUAAUUAUAUCAUUUUUCUUAUCUCUGAUACGAAGAGCUGGCGUGACGCGAGCGUACGUACGAUGCGAUGGAGAGAAAUAGUAAGCCGUGCAACAAGGCUAGCCACGGGGGAGGGUAUUGGUUUGAAGCAGAUUCGAGCACAGAAGGAAAAGUAGUUUCGAAUAGUCGGUCGUUGUAUUCAUCGAUUACUGGUAGCGACGCGUAGAUCCCGCUAAUACGAGCGAUCACCGGUUCCUAUAAAGGUAAAGAUCUACCUAUAAUUCAAACAAACAUUCCGUUGAUAGCCUGUUUUGCCGCGCCGAUAACACAAUGCAAUCGUGAUAAUUUUUCUGGCAAAUAUUAAUAUCCUUGCUGAUAAUGUUACCUUUUUUAUUCUCUCAUACUUAAGAAAAACCAUACAGCUUGAAAUCACCUUCUUAAGUGAUUAUGUAGAGAUGACAAUGCGUAGCUGUCCGCGCAUCUGUUGUUAAAUUCGUGUGUUUUUCGAGAAUAUGCAGUUUAAUGCUAUUCUACGUUGCUUUGUAAUGUAAAAAUCACAGGAGAAAAGCACGAUAAAUCACAUUUCUUGUUUCUUGCAGAAGAGCAAUUUCUAAAUUCUGGACACACUGUUUUUUAAUCCUGUAUUACAUAAAUUAUCCGUCUACUUGACUUUGAAUGUAUUUUUGGUCACGUUAAAUUAUCUUCGGAAAUUAAUUAAAAGAUAAUAUAGAUAUAGUAUAUUUAUAUCAAAGACAUAAUUAAAUAUAAUACAAUAUAAUGUAUUUGUCACGCAUAUAUAAUGUAAGGAUAAUUUUUGUUUUUCUACAUACUUUCAUAUUAACUAUUUUCAUUAAGGGAUUGUUCCUAUUAACUCUGGCGCGAUUCUCCAAUUUUUUAUGUCUCAAUCCCGCUUCUGUUCCAAUUGGAAAAACCUUUUAAUUAAUUACGAAAAUAUGCUAUAUGUUUUUGUCCUGGUAUAUCUAUGUACGUAACAUCGAUUUUUUUAAAUCAAAUUUUAGAUUAACGCGAGAUCUGGAUUAUACGGUUGUCCGUAUAAAAUAUAUAAACACGAUGUUCAGAAAAGUCGGCAUGAUAUCUAAAAGAAAGGGAUAUCUUUUGAAUCUGGUCAAUCAGGCCGAGAAAAAUCAUCGAACUAUAACGUCACAAGAAAUUUUCGAACGCGAAUCAAAAUACGGUGCUCACAAUUAUCAUCCGCUGCCUGUUGCGUUAUGCAAAGCGGAAGGAGUUUUCAUGUGGGACGUCGAAGGCAAACGUUACUAUGAUUUUCUGAGUGCCUACUCUGCCGUUAAUCAAGGCCAUUGCCAUCCAAGAAUUUACAAGGCUUUGGUCGAACAAGCGAAGGUUUUGACAUUAACUUCGCGGGCUUUUUACUCGGAUGCAUUGGGAGAAUUUGAAGAAUAUAUUACGAAACUUUUCGGGUACGAUAAAUGGCUUCCGAUGAACACAGGAGUAGAAGGUGGCGAAACCGCUUGUAAGCUGGCACGCAGAUGGGGUUACGCGUGCAAAGGUAUACCGCAGUAUCAAGCGAAGAUCGUUUUCGCGGAAGGCAAUUUUUGGGGCAGAACGAUGAGCGCGGUAUCCUCAAGCACGGAUCCAACUAGUUACAGUGGGUUCGGUCCAUUUAUGCCUGGAUUCGAGCUCGUUCCAUACGACGAUCUUACGGCGCUUCAACAGGUUUUAGCCGAUCCUCAGGUUUGUGCUUUCAUGGUGGAACCUAUUCAAGGCGAAGCUGGCGUCGUCGUACCGAAGGACGGCUAUCUGAAGGGUGUGAGAGAAUUAUGUACGAAGCAUAACGUUUUAUGGAUCGCCGACGAGGUGCAAACUGGUUUGGCAAGGACAGGAAAACGAUUGGCGGUAGAUCACGAAAAUGUAAAACCAGACAUUUUGAUUCUUGGAAAGGCUCUGUCCGGUGGUUUCUAUCCAGUUUCUGGUGUAUUCGCCAACGAUUCUGUGAUGUUAACUAUAAAGCCUGGCGAACACGGCUCGACCUACGGUGGCAACCCUCUAGGAUGCAGAGUCGCCCUUGAAGCGCUUCGCGUGCUCGAGGAAGAAAAACUAGCGGAAAAUGCUGAAAGGCUCGGACAUAUUCUCAGGAACGAGCUUGGAAAAUUACCAAAGGACGUGGUUACUCUUGUUCGUGGAAAGGGUCUACUUAACGCUAUUGUUAUCAAAAAAGACAUCGAUGCCAUGGAUGUAUGCUUGAAAUUGAAAGAGGAGGGUUUACUCGCGAAACCAACGCACGGUCAUAUAAUCAGAUUGGCACCGCCGUUGGUCAUCACGGAAUCGCAAAUAAGAGAAUGCAUCGAUAUCAUUUCUCGAGUUAUUUCUCGAUACGUUAAUUAACAUCAUACAUUCUACGUACUUGGAAAAUCCGUCUUGAUCCCGUUUCCGUUCUAAUUUUUGAAAGAUGUUAAUAAAGUCACAUUUUAUUCUUUUUCUCUUUCCUCGUUUCAUAGAAAGUAACAGUGAACUGAGGUGGUAUGGUGAUAGAUGCGUAAGGAACUACUCUUGGUGUUUUUAACGAACAAUAGUUUUAUUAGAACUAAUCAACAAUCAGAGUUAACAAUUAACAACUAACAAUUACACUUAACAGACAACAGGUAACAACUAACAAAUAACGAUAGACACCGCGAGAUCAUUCGACGCGUUGCUAUGCAAAUAGUACCGAGGAGUUACACAUUUAAUGGCGCAAGACAGACUGACUCUGCUUUUGUUUCGGAUCGCGCAGAUUCUUCCCUUCGUAGCCCAUCGAUAUCCCCCACUAGCGUGCAUUCAUUAGAUGUGCCGCCAGUGCUGGCACAUGUAUGCUCUUCCGAGAAUUCGGCGGAAAGAGUGUAAAGAUAUCGAUGGUACAUUGGGCACGUCGGUGUUGCGCUUUGGCGGCGUCGCGCUUUGCAUCCGGAGCCGUUGAAAAGUUCCGUGGCCCGUGCCGCCACAGAACUAACUUUCACCACUAUGCAAUCACUAUUCUCAGCCGUCCACAUAAUUCG